AUGCCGUUAAUCAAGUCUCUGUAUCCCAGGGCCUGGGACAACCGCCCGCCAAAGAGUAGCCCGGUGCUGAAGAAGUCCCGCAAACACUUUUUCAGGGCGGUCGGCACCAACUUCCUCUACCUGCAGUUUCUUUUCCUUGGCCUCUUCUGCUAUGUCUUUGCCUCCCUAUUCCGGCAGACGAGCCAUAUUCAUGAUCUUCACGUCGUCUUUGUUGACUACGAUAGAGGCGCCAUCGGUCGCGCUGUGCGGGGUGCACAUGCCUCUCUCCAAGGGCAGAGUUUCCCUUCUUUAAUCGAACGGUCACCCUCGGACUUUCCAACCACGACCGAUCUGCUGGAAGCGGUCUGCAAGACGAGAUACUGGGGAGCUCUCUAUGUGACACAAGGCGCAUCGAGCCGGCUGCAGGAGGCUUUGACGGGAAGCACAGCAGCGUCGGCAUAUAACAACACGGACGUGAUGGCGUACAUAUGGAAUGAGGCUAUGUAUGCACCCACCAUCGACUCCGCCAUAUCAGCCAGCCUUCAGCGUCUAUCUGGGGCUGCCAGGGUGGCAUACAGUACUGGGAAAGGGACGGGCAAUAUCACAUCUGUCUCCGGCCCCGCUGCGCUCUCGGUCUUCGCAGACCCGUGGGAGCUCCAAUCCAUCAACAUCCAGCCAACGACGCAAGGAUCGAGGGCAAUCUAUAACACGGUGGUCAUCAUCUUGAUUCUGAUCCAAGAGUUCUUCUACCUCGGUACCAUCAACGGUCUCUACGCUCAGUUCAAACUAUACGCCCGCAUCGACCCUUACCGAAUCAUUGUCGUCCGCAAUGUGAUUUCCCUCUCUUACACGCUUAUUGGGUCACUAUGCGUUAUCAGUACCAUCUGGGCCUUUAAGUCAGACUGGCAUAUCAACGGAAAUCAGUUCGUCUUGUCCUGGGUCGCGUUAUGGCUCUUCGCGCACAUCAACUUUCUCACUCUUGAUGUCUUUACGAUAUGGCUGCCACCUCCGUUUGUCCCAAUGGCCCUCGUAUCAUGGAUCAUCUUCAAUGUCACCUCUAUCCUGCUGCCGUUUGAUCUAAGCCCGGCAUUUUAUCGCAUCGGGUAUAUGUUCCCGGCUCACGAGCUCUAUCAAGUACUGAUAGAUAUUUGGUCUCACGGUUGCAAUCCCCAAUUGCACUAUGCGCUACCGAUCUUGUUUACCUGGGAGCUGGUGACCCUCAUCUUAAGUGCUCUUGGGGUCUUUCGCAGAUGUCACUUCACGAUGCUUGGGGAAGAGCUGCAGGAAAAUGAGUUCAAGGAGCGACUAGAUGCCGCUGUGGCAUUCGAGAUGGUAAGGAUGAAUGAGAUGAAGCAGAAGCAUCCCGAGCCUGCGAAGCCAGAGUCUGAAGGAGAGCCUAAAGAAACAAUAUCUAAGAAGGCCAUCUCCGAAGGUGGAGACGAAGAGGAGAUUGUGCGAGAAGAGCUGGCCCUUGUCCUCGAGCAGGUCAAUACCAGACAACGACGGGAGCAGGAAAAGGCGAGCGCGACCUGCAACUUUGGGCCGGCAUUCAAUCUACCAUUCAAUCACGAGAGCGGUGAUGACGCGUAG